GCAGGGAUGCGGGCAGGGAGGAGCGCCGAGCCGCAGCCCCAGCACACAGCGCCGGGCGGGCCCUGGAGCGGAGCCGGGACGCAGGAGGCGGGGACCCGAACCGGGCCCCGGCGCGGCCGCAGCAUGUGACCGGCGGGGUGGGGAACGGGGCUGACCCAGCAGCAUGUGCCCGGCUGCCGGCCUCCAGCGGGGCAUUUAAAUGGCAGCGCCCUGCGGGCCUGCAGCCGAGAUCGCCGCUCCCCGCGCCCGGCACCAUGAGAUCCUCGCUGGCUCCCGGGAUUCGCGUCAUCCGGGCUCUGCCCCGGGACAGCUGGUAUCGGGGGCUAACGCUUGUGCUGACGUUCCUGUUUUAUACCAGUUUCCAUCUCUCUCGCAAACCCAUUAGCAUUGUGAAGAGUGAGCUGCACAGCAACUGCUCUUCUCCCCGCAAUGACACCAAUAGCACCGUGUGGUGUGACUGGGCUCCCUUUGAUCAGGCUAACUACAAAGAGCUCUUUGGUGCCCUGGACAAUGCCUUCUUGGUUGCCUAUGCCAUUGGAAUGUUUAUCAGCGGCAUCUUUGGUGAGCGCCUUCCACUGCGCUAUUACCUGUCGGGAGGGAUGGUGCUGAGUGGAGUGUUCACUUCCUUGUUCGGCUUGGCCUACUUCUGGAAAAUCCACGUUCUCUGGUACUACGUCAUCAUCCAGAUCUGCAACGGUUUGGUGCAGACGACUGGCUGGCCAUCCGUGGUGACGUGCGUUGGGAACUGGUUCGGAAAGGGGAAGAGAGGUCUGAUCAUGGGCAUCUGGAAUUCCCAUACCUCUGUAGGGAACAUCCUGGGGUCCCUGAUCGCUGGAGUGUGGGUUUCGUCAGCCUGGGGCCUGUCUUUCAUCGUGCCUGGGAUCAUCAUUGCAGUCAUGGGAAUCAUCUGCUUCUUGUUCCUUGUUGAAUAUCCUGAAGACGUUGACUGCAACCCACCUCUACACCAUAUGGAAUCGGAGGAGAGAGACCCUGAAGUGACGCUCUCCACGGAUGAUGGGAGCUGUAUCCGAGAGAACACUAUCGAUUCUUCAGUGUGUCCCAGAGAACCAGCUGAGCAGCCAGAAGCCAUCAGCUUCUUAGGAGCCCUCAGGAUACCUGGUGUGGUGGAGUUCUCCUUAUGCCUGCUGUUUGCAAAGCUGGUCAGUUACACUUUCCUCUAUUGGCUGCCUCUCUACAUUGUGAAUGUUGCUCACUUCGGCGCUAAGGAGGCUGGGGACCUGUCCACGCUCUUUGAUGUUGGUGGCAUCCUAGGAGGCAUUCUGGCUGGUCUCAUAUCGGACUACACUGGCGGCAGGGCCACCACAUGCUGUGUGAUGCUGAUAGUGGCUGCUCCCAUGCUAUUCCUGUACAAUCACGUUGGCCAGAAUGGAAUAGCCAGUUCAAUAGCUAUGCUUAUUAUAUGUGGUGCCCUGGUGAAUGGGCCUUAUGCUCUCAUUACGACAGCGGUUUCAGCUGACUUGGGAACUCACGAGUGUCUCAAAGGAAAUGCAAAAGCCCUGUCCACUGUCACAGCCAUAAUUGAUGGGACUGGAUCUAUAGGUGCUGCUCUGGGCCCCCUGCUGGCAGGGCUGAUCUCUCCCUCUGGCUGGAACAAUGUCUUCUACAUGUUAAUAACAGCGGAUAUCUUGGCUUGCCUGUUCCUUUCCCGGGUGGUGUAUAAAGAGAUUAAAGGAUGGUGUGGCUGCUACACAAGAAAAAGAGGAUUUAAAGAAUUUUGACCUGACUCCCUGUGACCAGAGACAGCGGAGUGCAGCAGUGACGGGCUUUGCUGGCAGAACCCACCUUUUAGUGCUCUCCGUUUAAAGUGGGAGGAAUUUUAUGGAGGCAAAAUGAACUGGUGAGAUGAGUAGUUCUCUAAAACCCAACCACCAUGGACUCUAAUCAUUGGCAGCAGCUUUAACCAGGGCGAAGGUGUGGAGAAGAUGGUGUAUUCUGGGCCAGGACUGUUUUGUGAGGCAUAACUGGGGCCUCUGUCUCUUACCCGCUGCCCCUGCUCCUCUUCCAUUAUUUCUUUUAUUAUUAAAAGGGUGCUAAACCUG